CGGCCGCUCCCCCCCCCACUUCCCCGCCCCGUCCUCAGCGGGGCCGGCAGUGGCGGCCCUUCCUCGGCCGGCCCGCAGCAGGGCGGCGGCGGCGGCUUCCGGCGAAGCCCUCUUGCCUUCAACAAAGAUGGUGCUCCCCGCGCAGGCUUCGCGGGCGCUGGGGUGCCCCGUGUAGCUCCCCACUUCCCUCUUGUUGCCAGAUGGAUGCGAGAGACAAGCAGCUUUUGCGCUCCGUGCGCCUGGAGCUCUGCAGAGAGGUGCUGGUGGAUGGAGUUGUUAUUCAGUAUCUCUACCAAGAAGGGAUUCUCAUGGACAGUCACGUUCAAGAAAUAAAAGCCCAAACCACCAGUCAGAGGAAAACUAUGAUGCUCCUUGAUAUUCUCCCCACCAGAGGACCCAAGGCUUUUGAUGCAUUCUUGGAUUCUUUGCAGGAGUUCCCAUGGGUUAAGGACAAGCUGGUGAUGAAGCGUAAAGAAAUAACAGUCCAAGAUCCUGCAGAUAUCACUGAAAUUGCACCAUUUAUUUUGAAGACUUCACCAACAGAUCAGCAGCUGAACAAGCUUGCGAGGAGACUAGGACCCGAGUGGGAGCAUAUAGUUCUGUGUUUGGGUUUGUCCCAUACUGACAUCUAUAGAUGUAAAGUCAAUCACCCCCAUAACCUGCAGUCACAGAUUGUAGCUGCAUUUGUCCUUUGGAGACAGCGCCUGGGGAAAAGAGCAACAAUCCAAAGUCUGCAAGCCAGUCUCAUGGCAGAAGAGGUGGAUCCAUCUGUGAUACAGUAUAUGCUUGAGUGAAGCUUUGCUAUUGAUCGGGAGCUUUCAAGUACUUUGUUAAAUUAAAUAAAGAGAGUUCAUGGAAAUGCAUGUUGAAGAUCUGAUGUCUUAAACUGGAAAAAAAGGGGUUGGGAACUAUGGUUUUAUUAAGCUUGAACAUUCCAGUUUCCUGUGGCAUCUUGUGGCUUGUAAUUCUUUUCAUGCCAGAUUAAUUUUUAGCAAGCAUUAAAAAAAUUGAUCACUCUUUCCUGUUCACUUUUAUACUUUUCCAGU